CCCAGCUCCAACCCAGCUCCCACCCCAACAAAAAGGGCCUCCUCCCUACCUCCAAACGAAUCAGCACUGAAUAUGCCACCACCAACACCACCAGCACCACCCAAUUCGAACCCCAACCGCACAAAACCCCGCCAACAACAACAACAACAACAAGCCCGCCAACGCCCUCGCAUCUCUUUCCUUUCGGCCCUCCGCGCGCGCUACGCAACCCUCCCGCUACCCUUCCGGCGGUCCGUGCGGGUGCUGGGCGCCACGCUCCCGCUCCUCCCGAUCGGGCUCUUCUUCUCCGAGCACGUGCUGCAGGUGAUGUGGGUGCGCGGGCCCAGCAUGACGCCCUACCUGAACGAGGACUACGAGCAGAUGCACACGGCCAGCGACAUGGUGCUGGUGAACAUGUGGGGCGGGGGCGGGUUGUGGCCGUGGGAGCGGAAGCGGCGGCUGGAGAGGGGGAUGGUCGUUACGUUUCGCUCCCCCGCGAAUCCCCGCCACAUCGCCAUCAAGCGCGUCGUCGGACUGCCCGGGGAUCGGAUCACGACACGUGAACCCUGUCUGAAGGAUGCGCAGGUCGUCCCGUUCAACCAUGUGUGGUUGGAGGGCGAUGCGCGCGAUCCCCGGAAGUCCAUGGAUAGUAAUACCUACGGGCCGGUGAGUUGCAGUCUGAUCACGGGCCGGGUGCUGGCGGUGCUGUGGCCCAGGUGGCGGUGGUUGAAUUGGGAGGAUUGGGAACGCGGGCUUGUGGAGGGCGAUACGGAGCGGCGCUUCGGGGAGGGUUAUCGCCAGGAGGUGAGGGAGCGUGUGGUUAAGGAGGCGGUGAAGUUGGAACGCCCACAAUUGUCGUAGGCUGCUGUUUACUGUAAGCUGGUUGGUGGUGUUCGAUGUUGUGUAUAUUAUGUUUGUUUGCAUUGAGUAUGUACAUAUUUCCUCCCUUUCGUCCUUCAUGUGUGUGUGGUGACUAUAUAGAAAUUAGAGAAUAGGCCGAUCCUGCGGGUUGGAUCGUGGAGCUAU